AGCUGGUCGGCGUUUUGAGUUCAAGUGUUAUUAAGUAAUAAACACAGAGUACUGAGUGUGUUUGUGUAUGAAACAGGACGAGUAGACUCCAGCUCAUAUGUACUGCCCCUGGGAAAAGAAAUGGAGCUGAAGAUGAUAGCACAGCAUUAGCCCAACAUCCGGAUUUUAUAUUUUUAUUUUAUUUUACCUAGUGUUUUUUUAUGUAGUUCACCUUUACGGUUUUAUUUGUGUGUGUGUUUUUUUUUUUAAUUUUUUAUUGUUAUUUCGAGUUAUAAUGAAGGGCUCCCAUUCUGCCAUAUCAAGCCAGAGGAGGAAUAGCGGGGCGGCCGGGCUGCUGUUCCCGCUGCUCGGUGCGUGUCUCUGGGCUGCGGUGGUCGGGUACAAGCCGGUGAUCAUCGUUCACGGUUUGUUCGACAGCUCAGGGGAUUUUAAAAAUUUACAGCGUUUCAUCAACGAGUCUCAUCCUGGAACAAAUGUGACGGUCAUCGACUUGUUUGACAGGAGUGCCAGCCUGCAGCCCAUGUGGAAGCAGGUGGAGGGAUUCAAAGCAGCUAUUUACCCAAUAAUGCAAAAUGCAGCAGACGGGGUCCACUUUAUCUGCUACUCUCAAGGUGGGCUGGUUUGCAGAGGAAUCCUCUCCACGCUGUCUGACCACAACGUGCACUCCUUCAUCUCUCUGUCCUCGCCUCAGGCCGGGCAAUAUGGAGACACAGACUACUUAAGGUACCUCUUCCCUCAGUUUGUGAAGUCCAACCUCUACCACCUCUGCUACACCUCAAUAGGGCAGAGGAUAUCCAUCUGCAACUACUGGAAUGACCCCCACCACAGAGACCUGUACGUGAACAGCAGUGAUUAUUUGGCUCUGCUCAACAGUGAGAGACCCAAUCCAAAUUCAACAGAGUGGAAGAAAAACUUCCUCAAGAUCAAAAAGUUGGUGUUGAUCGGCGGACCAGACGAUGGAGUCAUCACUCCCUGGCAGUCGAGUCAGUUCGGAUUUUAUGACGACAACGAGACUGUUGUUGAGAUGCAGCAGCAAGAUUUGUACUUGAGAGAUGUUUUCGGUCUGAAGACGCUGGCGGCUCGCGGGGAUCUGAUCGUCUGCGCUGUUCCCGGCGUCGAACAUGUCAUGUGGCACUCGAAUGAGACUGUGUUCCACAUGUGUAUGGAGAAGUGGCUGGUGUAGAACAACACCCCACACAACACACAGACACACAUACACACACACAGAUACACACACACACACACACAGAUACACACACAGAUACACACACAAAGAUGCACACUUUGCAGUUUUAUAAGCUUUUAACUUCCACCGUGUGUGAAACUCUGCCUCUACAACCACUGUGUAUUAUCCUCAGACAUAGAGAGUCUUCUCUUAAGGACAUGAACUCAUUUAUGUUCACAGAGAUCACUUGAAAAUCAAACAGUGUUGUCAAGAUGUGUUUUCCUUGUACUCUCUGUUGAUUAAGUGUUUUCAGAAAUUUUCUUAUUUGGUUUCAUGUAGAGAGUUUGAUGAGAAGAUUGAUCGACACUCUCGCAUCCGUACGGUAGAUAUGAUGCUACAGCCAAACACUUGACUUUUUGUAUCGAUUAAACAAAUUAGAUAUAACACGUAAGCUUUACAGGUGUUGAUAGACAGAUUUUUUUACCUUUGGACAGAGCCAGGCUAGCUGUUUUUCUCCUGUUUCCUGUCUUUAUGCUGAGCUAAGAUAACUGACUGUUGACUGUAGGUUCAAAUUUACCAUCCCGACAUGAGAGAGGCAUUGACCUUCUCAUCAAACUCGCAUUUCCCAAAAUGUCCCAAAAACGGUUCAUUUACUUUUUUCUCUUGAACCGUGUUGCUGCUGUCCGAUAAACCAAACACAUCGCUGUCUGUGUGCUGAAGGCACAUAUUGUCAGAACGAACAAAUAUACAGGUUUCCAUAAACCAGGUAACGUUAACUGCUAUUAUGUUAUUACAGUCUGCAAGGGAAUCAGACAUUAAAGGAGCACUCCGGCAAUUUGGUCUCGCAGAUUCAUGAAGUUUGCAAGAGACAUAUAAAAGAGAAAGGAAAUCAUUAUAGCAGAGGCUGAGAGAUCCUAUUUUAUUACUCAAACUCAAGCUGUGGUAAACCCGAUGAGAUCUAGGUCUAUUUUUUUUAAAUUCUUUACACAACUAUUUCUGUCAGCGUUCAUGUGAACACCAUGAAUGUCUUCCAGGAGAGAUUGUCUGAAAAUGUGUGCUGUUAUCCCUGUUUUCAAACAAUAUGGUGUCUCUGUCUGUCAAAAAAUUUGUGGAGUGCCCCUUUAAUUUGUCAAGAAAUGUUAGUUUAUUGCUUUAUAAAAUACCAAGUCCACAUACAUAGAGUAUACCCAUGUGUGUGUCUGUGUGUGUUUGCUCACACAUACCUCAGAAACACCACACAACACAAUAGUGCCUGAGCGACGUUCUGUCCUCUAAAUGUACAGACUCACUGCCCUGCUCAUCUUAUGAUGCAGUAAUUUAUAUCUUUUUAUCCUUCCAUUUUUAAUCCUGGGGGGGUUAUAUUUUCCUGUUUUGUUUUUGUUUUUGUUUUAAUUAGUGGCCACAUCUGACCAUGAAUAUGUUUGUUAUCAUUAUCAUGCAGUGCUUUGGAGCUGUACUCUAUCGCUUUAGUAGAUCAAGCCUUAAAAUUUCCCCUCAUGCCUCAGUGUCACAUGUCCAUUACCGAAGUGCUAUGAAAUACUGCCUUUCGUGACGGUGCUAAAAAUAAUGAUGGAGAUAUAGAGUGGCUGGAGAGUGGCAGUGAUGUAUUAGUGUUUACUUGUCCGCCAAACUAUUGUACGUGGCACUCUUUACCUCCCAUCGCAUUUAGAUAUCUCAGGCGUUUGAGCAACCCUCGUGUUUGUUUAUCUCUGUCGGAAAAAGGGAUUUGUUUCUCUUAACUGUUUUGCAUUUUGUGGGAUGUUUAUUGUUGCUUGUGCUAUUUACAGAUGUUUCACAAAGAAUUUGACAAAUGGAAAUAUCUGUGAUUUAAAAAUAAGAGAACUACUAUUUGAGUAAAAUUUGCAAUGCACAAUGUUUAACCAGAUAAAGAGAAGGGAAACAAUGAAGAGGGGAUGAUUUUAACUGUUCAAAGUUGUUCAGUUUGAAAGUAUUAUUUUAAUAUUAUUGCUUUACUUGUUUAAUGUCUGCUUGUACAAAUGAAUUGACCCACAGUAACUGCAUAAGUUAUGGAUUUAAGGGAUGUCCUCUCAGUUCAGUCUUCGUGGAGAUAUGUUAAAUGUGGGUAUGAACACUUUUUUCAACAGAAAUUACUAUUUUGACUGUCCCACAGUUUCUACAGUAUUUGGUCUGCAAAUGAAAAGGUUUCAAAUGUUGUCAAUUCCUCAAUAAAAGACAGUUUUGAACAUC